AUGCACCAGAAGGUAGAAUAUGUCCGACAUGGAGACGUCUUCGUCAAUACCCCAGGCUCUGCCCAGUGGAUUUACAACUCCGGAGACCAGCCACUUGUCAUCAUCACCCUUCUCGACAUUGCCAACUCCCAAAACCAACUCGACCGCAACCCAAGAGUGUUCCGUUUGGCUGGAAACAAUCCACAGGGAGAGGUCCUAGCUCAGGCAUUGAAAAUCGAUGUUAGGUUGGCUCAAGAGCUUCAGAACCAACAAGACAACCGAGGAAACAUUGUUCGUGUUAACGGACCUUUCCAAGUCGUAAGGCCGCCUCUGAGACAGCAAUCCGAGAGCGAGAAGUGGAGACACCCACAAGACAACGGCCUUGAGGAGACUAUCUGCAGCAUGAGGUCACACGAAAACAUUGACGACCCUUCCCGUGCUGACGUGUACAAGCCCAAUCUUGGUCGUGUGACCAGCGUCAACAGCUUGACCUUGCCCAUCUUGCAGUAUGUCAGGCUCAGCGCCACCCGUGGCAUUAUUCAGGGUAAUGCGAUGGUGCUUCCGAAAUACAACAUGAACGCGAACGAGAUCUUGUACUGCACGGCAGGGCAAGGAAGGAUCCAAGUGGUGAACGACAACGGACAGAACGUGUUGGACCAGCAGGUGCAGAAGGGACAGCUCGUGGUGAUACCACAAGGGUUCGCAUACGUUGUCCAGUCACACGGAAACAACUUCGAGUGGAUCUCUUUCAAGACGAAUGCUAACGCUAUGAUUAACACUUUGGCUGGUCGAACCUCGGCUUUGAGGGCAUUUCCAUUAGAGGUCAUAACCAAUGGUUAUCAGAUCUCACUGGAGGAAGCUAGAAAGAUCAAGUUCAACACACUUGAGACCACCUUGACUCAUUCCUCCGGUGGACAGCAGCUGAUUGAGGAGAUUGUCGAGGUUUAA